CAGGCUGCCUCAAACAAAGAGAGUUUUUGGUUUACAUGCAUUUGGAGUUUCCAGUGUUAACAUCUCAGACCUCUUGGAUACAUUGCUGUACAGUGUUGGUCUCCCUCCUUCAUCUCUGCAGGUUGUAACUAUGAUUAAGGAGGACAGUAUAGAAGAAAUCAAGAUCGAUCUAGGGGGAGAAGAGCAGCAGAAUGAGGACAAUUCUGCCCUGCCUCAAAAUGAAACCAUCCCAUUGGUGGAGAACCGGGACCCCAAAGGAGUUAAUGCACAUUUGAGGGUGACUUUUGAAGAUGUGAUAGCCGAACCCCAGUCGAUCCACAGCUUUGACAGGGUGUGGCUCUGGAGUCAUGCCUUGUUUGAAGUCUCCAGACUCUGGUUCUACAGAAUAAUCUCCCUCAUCCUCGCUGUUCCUGUUUCUUUAAUCGCUGGAAUUCUGUUAGCCAUACUAAGCUGCCUUCACAUUUGGUGUGUGAUGCCAUGUGUCAGAGUCUUCCUGAUCAACAUGCCUUCCAUUCAGACAAUCUGGGGAUCAAUUUUAGACACCGCCAUCUCACCAUUCUUCAGGAGUAUGGGGAAAUGUUGCAGUACCAUCAAUGUACACCUGUCUCGUGACUGAAAUCCUAGAUCACCUGUUAGUUUGACUGGGGAACAAUCCCUGGACAACAUUAACACUACUGCCUCUCUCAGCAGGCAAUGCUCUGGCUCCAACAACACUUUGUAAACGGCAAUAGUACAGUAAGAUAUAUAAAAGCUUCUGUUUGAAUGUAUUGAUGGUUUUAAUUAUUGAUUUAAACUAAAAAAAUGCAAGUUUAAUAACAACCAAAACACAUGUUUUCAUUCAUAAGUACAAAUAAUAGAGUGGGACCCUUGGCAUCGAUGUGGUAACGAAAUGUGUUAAGUUGGAAUAAAGGGCUGUGUUCAUGUAGCAUCACUAUGACUGUCCUAUGCAUUUACUGGUACAUUAUUUGUUAUAUUAUUUCUUUAGAAGUACAGUCUAAAAAGAAAAGGUACUUCUUUAGAUCUAGCUAUUACUCCACCAUUAUAAUUAUUCUCACUGUAGCUCAUGGAGUCAUUGAUAAUGAAGUUCCUAAUAAUAGCCAGAGCUACUAAUGGCAAUACCAAAAUAGAAGCAGGCCAAAUGAACCUUUCUUUCUCCAAGAUAAUGAUAUCCUUCAAAUAAAGCUGCUUGAACAGGGGAGUAGGAUCAUGAAGAACAAAAAAUCUAAAGAGGACAAAGUGCAAUCUGUGUAUAUCAAGGGCACUAUAGUUGUAUAGAAAAGUAUUUUCAUUAAAAUAACAAUGCUUGUAGCGUAGCAUAGUGUCAAUGUUUAUCUGAAGCAGUGCAUUUUUUUUGUUGAGCUGCAGUACACAGCCAAGGAUAGCAUUGUGACGUGCAAAUGCUUAGUGGAAGGCUGCUACCUAGUAGAUGCUGUGCAUUUUGGGAAAUGUAAGCUCCUACACUGUAUUUCUUAGACAGGUGUUAUUAAAAAUAACUUGACAUAC